UCCUGCCGGCCCUCCAUCUAAGAUAAAAAAGAGAGAAUAACCAUCAAUUGAAUUAAAAAAGAAAAAAAGGGAGGAAGGUCGGGAGAAUGGGAACUCUCGUAAUACAGAAGUCAAGGAGAUAAGAGGGGGCUGACUGUGAAGGCACAUGGGUGAGGAGGGGUAAACUACUCUGUAAAAUUAUAGCUAUCUAGGCAUUCUGGGGCAUGGCUGCUGAAGACAGAAUCAGUGGACUUCCUGGUGAUAUACUUGACCAUAUUUUGGGGUUAUUACCAAUUCGAGAUGCUGCUAGAACUUCUGUUUUGUCUACGGUUUGGAGAGAUGUCUGGUUAAGUCUUUCCCAACUCAUCUUUGACACUAACUUUUUUAUUCACAUCCAUGACCGCUACAUUGCAGAAUCAACCAUGUUUGUAAUCAACAAAAUUCUCAUGAGGCACAACAAACCUAUUCGAAAAUUUGUUUUCCAUUUUGACAAUUUCUUUUGGGCAAAAAGAGAUAAGAAAACUAGUUGGGUUGAAUUGGAUGAAUGGUUACUUUAUCUCACAAGAAAUGGGGUUGAAGAAUUGGACCUAUCUUUUGGGUCAUCUGCAUAUGCAUACGUAUUGCCCAAUUUCAUAUUCUCAUGCUCAACUCUCAAGAAGUUGUGUCUUCAUGGAGUGUUUGUUGAACCAAUAAACGUCUCGUGCAUAUUUCCGAAUGUCACUUCUCUUUGUCUUAAAAGGAUUCAGUUUGAUUCCAAAAAUCUUUUCUAUUCUCCCACGGAUCUUCCCAUGCUAGAGAGUCUUGAGUGUGGAGAUAUUUCUGGUUUCAACAUGACUGCUCCAAAACUUAGAAGUUUAAAAAUUUCCAAUGUGUUCAACAUGACUUCUCAUGGUGUUCUUCCGUUUACCUUGGAUUUGAAACCCAUCUCUUCUCUUCAUCUCGACCAUUGCUCUGCUAAGGAUAUUAUUAAAGAAUUUAGACGAUUGGGUAAACAAGGAACUAUGCUCAAUGUGGGUUGCCUCAAGCUAUGUUUGAGGGUCCUCAGCGAUGAGAUUUCCGCCUUCAUUAAAUUGUUGCAAAUGUGUCCAAACUUAUACAAACUUGAUAUAGAGCUAUCGAACAUAGGUGUGGCAUUUACUACAGAAGCUUCUUUGGAGUGUCGGGAGUUUAUUCUGGCCGAAACAUGCCAAAGGGUUCAUAUUUUGAAUAUUUCUUGUGCGUUUAGAGGGACAAUGCCGGAAAUGAUACUCUUCAAGUGGCUUGUUUCAUGCUUUCCGAUGCUUGAGAAUGUUUUCAUAUAUCAAAGAAAAACAUUCUGUUCCAACACAGAGUUUAAAAACAAGAGAAAGCUUUUGCGCUUUCUUCGGGAUUCUUCAAAAGCGGAUAUUGUUUACUCCGAAAAAGGUUGUUAGAUUUGUAGUCUAGCUUAAGUAUUUUGUAAUAUAGUACAUUACUAUUUUUGAAGUCAUGUGUAUGUAUUACUCAGUAUGCAAACUUUCAACCUCUAAAUCUUGCGGAACGUUGCCCAUUAAGUUUGAUGGAAAAAUUUCACCACUUCUGAAAUUCAUUUAGGGGGAUUUCUCAAUCCGCUAAAGUGCUGAACUAUGAAUACACUUCAACGGAUGGUUAUGAAUCCUUUUGAUUUUGUUCAGAUCUCAAUGGUUAUAAAGCUUUCUGUUUCAGAAGGUUUUCUGGAAUGCUAUCCAACAAUCCUUUUUAAUUUAUCCAACAUUCAUUUUAUUUAUUGGGAGGUUUUCUGGAGAUUCCAUUGCGGAUUUUUGUUCUUGGGACUGCAUUUUUUGGAGUGGUUGCAUCUUUUAAGUGGUUGCAGGGUUGGUUUUAUUUGUCUCAUGAUUUUCAAGUUCCACUAGCGGAUUGCAUUUUGUAGUUUAUUAUCUAGACUAGAUAUCCUUGUAAAACGCAAUUGUUAGCGGUUGCAAUUCUUAACGGUUGUAAUUGUUAGUUUCACUAAUAACGGUUGUCCCAUCCCCCUCUCUAGCCUCAAAACCCGAAGAUCUUCUCGACCUAUGAUCAGACAUAGAAAUUAUUACCCUAAAGAGAAAUUAUCAUUUCACUAACCAGGUGAGAGCUUUGAAGAUAUAGC